AUGGAAGGACUGAAUGAAGUAGUGGUGAACUGUAUUCGCAAGGACAAAAAGAGUAGAUGGUUAACAGAACUGGAAAGCGAUGACGAUUUCGCAGAGGUAGUAGAUGCGCUUGAUAGAGGGGAUACCUCAGGAAGAGUGACUUGGCCAGGAGCAGUGAAGCCGGUGCAAAUUGCGGAUUUUGUUCUGGAAGACGGUGAUUUGAAAAUG